AUGUUCGGGCCCGCCGGGCGGCCGCUCAAGGCGCUCUUCACGGCGCUCCUGAUCGCGGUGGCCGUGCACGCGCGGCCGUUCUUGAGUAGACAGGCGAGGGCGGCCCAACCAGCCAGCGGGCUUGUGGGUCUUCAAGCGGAAGGGUGGACGUGCCAAGGCAGCAAGGUCACGCUCGCCACUUCUGCAGGCUAUAUCACGAUCACGCUGUGCCCAAUGGCCGCGCCCACGACCGUGCAGAAGAUCGAGCAGCUAGUCCAGGCGGGGACCUACAACGACGCCGCAUUCUACCGUGCCGAGCCUGGCUUCGUGAUCCAGGGCGGCUUCCAGUUCCCCGGCUGCACUCAGUCCAGCGGCGAGACCUUCCCGUUGGAGUACAUGCUGCCCAACAAGAGAGGCACCGUCGCCAUGGCGCGCACCGAGGACCCCCAGAGCGGAAGCGGAGAGUUUUUCAUCAACCUGCAGGACAGCCCGAAUCUGGACCAGGCGCCGGGCGUCGACCCGAGCUCGCCCGAGGCAGCCUACGACGCCGGCUUCACGGUCUUCGGGCAGGUGGACGAAGCCAGCUUGCAGGUGGUGGCGCGGCCAGCCCUGGGCUUCGGGGCCGCUGACGGGGCGGCCGCCGCGGUCCAACCGCUGGGAGAGGCCCGGCGCGGCCGCGGGAAGCCCCGCGGCAGUGACAGCCCCGCGCUGCGCGCCCCGGGCGUCCCCUGGGCACGGCCGGUAGGAGGGCACGCGGACGUAGGUCCACGGGACCUCGUGUAUCUGCGCGACUCCACGGGUGAAGGCAUGCCGUCGCCGCUGCGCCCCACCCUGCGAUCUUGUCGUGAUUAUUUGGCGUCGCGGCCACAGGGUGUGCGGCAGGAAGCCGAGCAUUGGUUCCAGGAAGAGCACGGCCUCUUCUAUAUCCACGGCUACGCAGCAUUUCAUAUCCACGGCUACGUCACUUCUCACAUAUUCACGGCUCCGCCGAGCACCAACACCUCCACAGCUGCGCUGAGUAUCAUAGCCAGGGCUGGGCCGACUCUGCACUCUCUGGGGCAGGAGGCCUACUCGCGCAGCCUCACGGGCGGCUUCGGGAACAGCUCCGGCGGGUACCACCCAGCGCUGAGGACGGUGAUCAUCAUGAGUGAGCCCGAGAGCGUGUUCUUGCCGACGGAGGCGCCGUGGCUGUUCUGCAAGGCGAUGGUGUCUGCGUUCGACGGGCUGCUGGACGCCGAGAAGGAGGCCGGCCUCCAGUCCGGGCCGCUCCCAGGCGUCAGCGUGUCCUUCGCCUUCGACGAGUGCCCGUGGUGCCUGCAGGAGCGCCGGCGGCCGCCGCGGAGAAGAUGUGCGGGAAGGGGCCGAGGAAUGCGAGAAGGACGAGCUGUCGGGGUCUGCCAGGGCAGUCAGCAUGUGCUGCAAGGGAACGACCUAUGGAAGGCUUACGUGGACAGGUUCGAGAACAGCUUCACAGUAAACGCAUCCGCGGGCCUCUCCUUGGAGGGCCUGCUGCCUCAGAUCGGGAGCAUGCUGGCCGAGUACGAGAGGAGCGACCUCGAGGCGCCCGUCUUCAUCAGCGAGCUCGCGGCCAGCUCUGUGGCUGGCCUGGGCGAGACCCUCCAGGACCUGGCGGCCCGGAGCGAGGCGGGCGGCGGCCUGCUCUCGGGUACCAGCGUGCUGCAGUUCCAGGCCAGCACGGAUCCUGCGGCCCUCGGCGCUGGCGGGCUGGGAAUCUUCGAGGACGCGGGCGGCGAGGUUGACACCGUGUCGUUGCUUCCCGAGUCAGGCCGCGUGCCCGCGCCCGCGGCCCGCGCCCGCGGCGCCAGCGGCGGCAUGCAGCGCGCCGGCAGUGCAGCCCAUCCUGGGCUACAGGACGGGUGA